UUUCAAUCACUAUUGUUUGUAGAGGUAAAGGAUUUGGUUUCAAUAUAUUCACAACAGAAAGAUUUUAUAUCUUAGUAUUAAUUAAAGAAUAGAUACAUCAAUAUGAAGCUUAAUAUUGCAUAUCCACCAAACGGUACUCAAAAAUGUAUUGAAAUUGAUGAUGAACAUCGUCUUCGUGUCUUUUACGACAAACGUAUGGGUCAAGAAGUUGAAGGUGAUUCUGUUGGUGAUGAAUUCAAAGGUUAUAUUUUCAAAAUCACCGGUGGUAAUGAUAAACAAGGUUUCCCAAUGAAACAAGGUGUUAUGCAUCACACUCGUGUUCGUUUAUUAUUAUCUGCUGGGCACUCUUGUUAUCGUCCAAGAAGAACUGGUGAACGUAAAAGAAAAUCCGUUAGAGGUUGUAUUGUUGGUUCUGAUUUAGCUGUUUUAUCUUUAGUUAUUGUCAAACAAGGUGACAAAAAUGUUGCCGGUCUUACUGACGUUUCUGUUCCAAAAAGAUUAGGUCCAAAACGUGCCAACAAUAUUAGAAAAUUAUUUGGUUUAAACAAAGAUGAUGAUGUUAGAAAAUUCGUCAUUAGAAGAGAAGUCACCGGCAAAAAUGGAAAAACUUAUACCAAAGCUCCAAAGAUUCAACGUUUAGUUACUCCUCAAACUUUACAAAGAAAACGUCACUUGAAGGCUGCCAAAAUCAGAAAUGCUCAAGCUCAACGUGAUGCUGCCGCUGAAUAUGCUCAAUUAUUGGCUCAAAGAUUACAUGAACGUAAAGCUGCCAAAGCUGAAAUCAGAAAACGUCGUGCUUCUUCUCUUAAGGCUUAAUUUAUUAUAUUUUAAUUAAUACAUAUUUUACAAUUUUGUUUUAAGGAUAUAUUAAAUUGUUCUAUAUUUAUACAUAAUGUCUCCUUUGUAGUGUAACAAAACUUUUUAAUAAAAAGAAAAAAAACAUUUAAAAAAGAGUAAAAUAGCAUGUUCACAUUUAAUAAUGAAAGUUAAAUGAUGCAUUUGUUUCAAGCUUUCAGUUUAGUUAAAAGAUGAAAUUAAUCAUUCUAGGCAUGCUAUCUAACACAAUGCUCAAAAAAAAAAAAUAAAAAGGCAAAAUAAAACAAUAUAGUGAAAAAAUAAUAUAAGUCUAUUAAACAA